AUCUACCUUGUCCAGUACUAUUUCCCGUACACACUUUUAAUGCGGCCUAUUGUCGGCUUGAGACCGACAAUAGGCCGCAUGAGAAAGUGUUGUUAAUAAUUGUAAAAUCGUCCUCAUUUAACAAAUCAUAACCGCGCGCUUGAAAUCGAACUAUAAGUUCUAAAGACGAAACGAAUCAACCUUAUAUUCCCGGACGCGGAACGCGGGAGGAAACCAGACGUUUCAGAGUACCUACACGCGGCGGCGGCGAGUUUCAGAUUAGCGACGCACGGUGUGCGCUCCGAAACGAACUAACAGUCACUCUCACGACGGGCUCUCUCGUGCGGAGGCUGCGGAGGGCAGCAAUAAGGCGCCGCGUUGAAUGAGGCAAAACCUGCUCGUAUUUCGCUCGUGCAGCAACUUCUUGGCAGCGCGUAGUAAUGGUCAAGUGAUAUCGGCUCGGCCGUUCAGCGCGAGUUUGAAAAUGGCGAAAAGCAAGUAUGAUUAUGUUAAGGACUUCGAGCACGAGGACAACUGCCUGCCCAACUGCUGGAUUGUGGUUAGAAUCGAUGGCAGGAACUUCUCCAAGUUCGCCGACUCUCACCAGUUCGUCAAGCCGAACGACCUGGCGGCCCUCGAGCUCAUGAAUCGCGCCGCUAUGACCGUCAUGGAGGACUUCCGAGAGAUCGUCAUCGCCUACGGUCAGAGCGACGAGUACUCCUUCGUCUUCCGCAAGGACACACAACUGUUCAAACGCAGAGCAUCCAAGCUCAUGUCCAAUGUAAACUCUCUGUUUGCCUCUGCGUACGUUUACAACUGGCCUCGUUUCUUCAAGAAUAGAGAACUCCACUACCCACCGUCGUUUGAUGCUAGAGUCGUGCUUUACCCUACGGACAAGAAUCUGAGAGACUACUUGGCUUGGAGGCAAGCCGAUGUUCACAUUAAUAAUUUGUACAAUACUUGUUUUUGGAGUCUUGUGUUGAAGAAACAUUUAACGCCACAGCAGGCUGAGGAAAGACUAAGUGGUACACUGUCCUCGCACAAAAAUGAACUGCUUUACCAAGAGUUUGGUAUCAACUACAAUAAUGAGCCAGCUGUAUACAGGAAAGGAACAACUUUGUUAAGAAAGUUGGUGGCUCACGGAAAUGGUCGAUUAAAACCCACUGUAGUGCCUCUAGUAGACGACAUUAUUGGAGAUCGCUUUUGGAAAGAGAAUCCUGAAGUGAUUGGUUUAAAAAGUUUAGGAACUUAUCAAUUGCCCAUGAACAACAUUCCUACUUCUAUGGUAAUUCACCCACCUGUCAUGCCUGUCAAUAAACCAAUGCACCAAGGGAAUGCCAUUCAAGGUCCGCCUAUGAGCAACUGCUCACCCAUGAAGAACACACCCAAUGACUCCAACAAACAAGACUCAAGUCGAGAACCAAACAGAAAUGGUGAUCCCAGUGGCAACAAUUAGUUUUCUUUUUAUAUAAAAUACUUUUAUAUGCAAAUAUUGAACAACUCAAUAUGUGCCUGUAUUCUAUAUUUUUAAAACACAGAGUAUAUUGUCAUAUAUACAACAGAAAUUGAUAUAUUUGUUGCAAAUGGACUCAGAAAGUGGAAUUUUUUGAUAAGAAAAAAACGAUACACUUUGAAGCAUUUAUGAAUAUAUUAGUCAUAAAAGUUGAUAUGAGUUGAUUAUUUAAGAUUCAUAAAACCAAUCAUUUUUAAAGAUUGAAAUUCUAUUCUUCUAAAUUAUCAAGUCUUCAGCUCACAACUGAUGCUUGCUACAUAAUUGUUCAUAGGCAAAUAAAGGAUUAAUAUUCUCACUUUGUUGUUUCAUGCAAAUUCUAUAAUUACGAAAUUUUAUACAAAGUUUUCAAUUAAUAUUGUUCAAUACAUAACAUAUUUUUUAAAACUUUGUAACAGAAGAAGUAAAUUUAGAUCUGUUUUUAAUGAUAGACAUAAAUAAGGUUGAUUUGGUAUAAGUAGUUCCUGAGAGCAUUGUCAGUUUUCUUCAAAAAAUAAGCUGCAUGAAAUUAAUUUAUUUGCAAAAUUGUUAGAAAUAUCAAUUAUUUAUAAAAAUUAAAGAAAAUACUUGAUAAGGA